AUGCGUAAAGAUAAAAAAGACGAUGAAUCAGGAUCAGGUAAUCCUUAUGCACACCUUGAUAAAGCCGCCGUUCUUCAAGAGGGUCGUGCUUUUAAUGAGACUCCUAUAAAUGCAAGAAAAUGUACCCUUAUUUUAUCCAAGUUACUUUAUUUAUUAAUGAAUGGAGAAACUGUUGGUAAAACAGAAGCUACAGAUAUCUUUUUUGCCAUUACUAAACUUUGGCAAUCAAAAGAUACAAGUCUCAGAAGAUUAGUUUAUCUUGCAGUAAAAGAUCUAUCUUCAGUAGCUGAUGAUGUUAUUAUUGUAACUUCUUCUCUUACAAAAGAUAUGACAGGAAAAGUUGAUAUGUAUCGUGCUGCUGCCAUAAGAGCAUUAUGUAAAAUUACUGAUUCUGGUAUGCUUCAAGCUAUUGAAAGAUAUAUGAAACAAGCUAUUGUUGAUAGAACACCUGCAGUUUCUUCUGCUGCACUUGUAUCGUCACUUCAUUUAUUAAAAAAAUCACCAGAUGUUGUCAAAAGAUGGUCAAAUGAAAUUCAGGAAGUUGUUGCUUCUGAUAACCAUAUGGUCCAAUAUCACGCUUUGGCUUUAUUAUACCAUAUAAGAAGUGGUGAUAGAAUUGCAAUCACAAAAAUGAUCCAAAAAUAUGGAAAAAGUGGAAUGAAAUCUCCACUUGCUUUAUGUUAUCUUAUAAGAAUAGCUUCUCAACUUAUUGUUGUUGAAGAAGCAACACCUGAUUCACCAAUGCACAAAUUUAUUGUUUCAUGUUUACAUCAUAAAUGUGAAAUUGUUAUUUUUGAAGCAGCUACUGCAAUUGCCAAUAUGGAAAAUACAGAUUCUUCACAACUUUCUUCUGCUAUUUCUGUUCUCCAACUCAUGUGCUCUUCUCCAAAACCAACAUUUAGAUUUGCUGCUGUUAGAACUUUAAACAAAUUAUCAACUGACCAUCCAGAGGUUGUAUCUACAUGUAAUGUUGAUCUUGAGCAACUAAUUACUGACUCAAAUAGAAGCAUUGCUACAUUAGCUAUAACAACUCUUUUGAAAACUGGAGCAGAAACUUCUGUUGACAGACUUAUGAAACAAAUAUCAUCAUUUGUCUCUGAAAUUAGUGAUGAAUUUAAAAUUGUUGUCAUUGAAGCUAUUAGAAGUUUGUGUGUUAGAUAUCCAAGAAAACAUGUAGUAAUGAUGCAAUUUUUAACUCCAAUGCUUAGAAGUGAAGGAGGUUUUGCUUAUAAAAAAGCAAUCGUUGAUACAAUAAUUGCUAUAAUUGAAGAGAAUAGUGAAGCCAAAGAAAUUGGUCUUGCUCAUUUGUGUGAAUUUAUUGAAGAUUGUGAACACACACAACUUGCCACAAAAGUUCUUCAUGUUCUAGGAUGUGAAUGUCCAAAACUUAAAAGUCCAAGAAGAUAUAUUCGUUAUAUCUAUAAUCGUAUGAUUCUUGAAGCAACUCAAGUUCGUGCUGCUGCGGUAACAGCACUUGCCAAAUUUGGUGCACAAUGUGAAGAUCUUCGUGAUUCAAUUAUUGUUUUGUUGAGGAGAUGUCUUCUUGAUACCGACGAUGAAGUUAGAGAUCGUGCUACAUUUUACAUUUCAAUUUUGGAAUUAGGUGAUUCAGCUAAUCUUACAACUUACAUUCUCAAUGUUCUUCAAGUUUCUGUUAUUGGUUUGGAACAUGCUCUUCAAAAUUACAUUGCAUGUGGUGAUUUUUCAUCUCCAUUUGAUAUGAAAAGUGUUCCAUUGUCAGAGAAACCCAUUACAGUUGAAGAACGUAGGAGACCAUCUCUUGCUAUGGAAGAUGUUUCUGCUAAAGAAGAGAAACCAAAAGUCAGUAGACAAGAAAUGUUUAUGGAACAACUUUCAACUAUACCACAACUUUCUAACCUUGGUCCCUUAUUCCGGUCAUCACAAUCUAUUGAACUUACGGAAUCUGUGGCUGAAUAUACAGUAACAUUGGUCAAACAUACAUUUGCAGAUCAUAUUGUUUUCCAAUUCGAUUGUAAGAAUACGUUAAAUGAUCAGUUACUAGAAAACGUUUCUGUAGAAAUUGAACCAUUAGAUGAUGAGGGAUGGACUGUUGAACAUCGUUUACCACUAGCUAAAUUACCUUAUAAUGAACCUGGAACUACAUAUACUGUUUUGUCUUUACCUGAAAGUGGUGCUAUAACAGGAAGUUUUUCAGCUAUUCUUACGUUCCAAGUUGCUGAUGUUGAUCCAACAACUGGUCAACCGGAGAGUGAUGAAAGGUAUGAUGAUUCCUUCUGUUUAGAAGAAAUCGAAAUAGGAGUUCCAGAUCAUGUACAACCAGUUGUUAAAACAAAUUUCUCUGCUAAUUGGGAUGAGUUGGGUGAAGAGAAUGAAUUUGAAGAAACAUAUUCACUACAAAAUAUAUCAUCUUUACCAGAUGCUAUUAAGAAUCUUCAAAAUUGUUUAGGAAUGGGUGUAUGUGAUAAAAGUGACAAGAUUUCUGUUGGCAAGAACAAUCAUCAACUACUAUUGUCAGGAGUAUUUAGGGGUGGUUUUGAAGCACUAGCUAAAGUUAGAUUGGCUUUAGAUCCUCAAGAUAAUACUGUUCUUAUAAAUAUUGUUGUUAGAAGUGAAGAUGAAGGCGUAAGUCAAGUUUUAGGCGCAGCCAUUUCAUAA